AUGGCGAGGCUCCGGCUCUGGUGCCUCGCUGCCUGGGCCACCAGCGCGGCCGGACGCAGCUGCCACAAGCCCAGCUGCUACUGCGACGACACUUGCAUCUUUAGCGGCGAUGGACAGUGCUCCGUCGAUGGUCGGUGCCGGCUUGGAACGGACUGCGCGGAUUGCGGCGAGCGGCACGAGCGGGACGUAGGCGCCUUCCUCUGCAGCACGUCCUGCACAGGUGGGCUCAAGGGCCAGUGCGAUGACGGCGGGCCUGGCUCGAGGACCACGGACUGUGCCUUUGGCAGCGACUGCGACGACUGCGGCGUCCGCUUUGCCGAGAACGACGAUUGCGACGAUGGCGUCAUCACCCUCUGCCGGGACGACCACGCCAAUUGCGCGUUUUGUGCCUUUGCGAGCGACUGCGGCGACUGCGGCAAGCGACAGCGGCCGUGCAAAGAUCCGCACCCUGAGGAUGCGCUCGAGGAUGAGGAGGGGUACUACGAUGACGUGGCCGUGACCACCUCCACCGCCUUCCACGCCUCGGCCGGCUGCCACGGCGCGGGCGAGGCGCGGUGUGAGCCCUCCUGCAACCUGCUGCACGGCGGGAUCGGCCAGUGCAGCUCGUGCGCGUGCUCGCGCUGCGCCUACUGCGUGCCUCCCGAGUUUGCGCUGCGCCACCCGCCGCCGCCCUCCAGCCGCGCGCCCCUCGCCGCCUCCCGUUUCUCGUGUGACAUGCUCGAGGCGCGUCACAACCUCCUCGCGCGUGAGGCGCCGCUGCACUGCUACUCGCUGCAAUCGUCGGCCCAGUGCGAGCUCGCCUUCACGUACGACGCACAGGCCGCCCAGAUUCCCCUCAGCGUCUGCCACUGGUGCGGCGGCCUCGGCUACGCCGGCCUCAGCACCUGCUGCUCCACUGCCGCGCACCCUGCCUCGUGCUUUGCGCUCGACGAGUUCUCCCACCACUGCCGGCCCGCGUGCGACGAUCCCUCGUGGGCGUGCUUCCCCAAGAGUGAGCUGCCGUCGCCUGCUGCCAAGACUCCCCAUCGUGCCCGCCAAACGUCCAACAUGCUGAGCGCUAUGGUUGCGCUUCCCUUUUUCGUCAUCGCGGCGCUGGCAGCAGCGGCCACUCGGUGGUAUUGCCAGCAGAGCAAACCAAAGGCUCGCUUAUCGACGCGAGCAAUCGAAAAGACUCCCCUUUCAUCUCGGGCGGUCGAGGGUGGCGACCCUGAGGAGGAUGCGGAGUCUGUUGUUGAGAUGGUUUCGGCGAGGGCGGCCCUCAUUGAUGCUGGGCAGAGGUACUAG